CGGGGGCCUUUUCCUUAAACUUCCUCAGACAGUGCAUCAUUUCUCCCAAGGCAGCUCCGUAAGCAUCAGGAUGAGCACCAACAAGUUUGACGACUUGCUAACCCAACUUGGCACCGGCAAGUGGAACCUGCUGUACUUCCUCGGCUCUGCCUAUUGGUGUCUGUGGAUGCCGCCUCAGUUCAUCAGUGGCAUCUACCUGGCUCCAGCCGUCAACUACACCUGCCUCCCACCUGAGAACGAGAGUGUCGUCGAGAUAUCACAAGAUUCGUGUAGCUACAUGGUGAGAACGUCGUCCUCGGCGGAGUUGGAGGAAGAACUAUGCAGUGAAUGGGACUUUGACACCUCUGUCUUCUCCAGCACCAUCACCUCCGAGUUCUCGCUGGUGUGUGGACGAGGGCACCUGAGAGCCACCUACCAGAGCAUUUACAUGCUGGGCACCUUCAUCAGUCCCCUGCUGGCAGGAUACCUGGCUGACAGGUUUGGGCGGAAAAUCGUGGUGGUGGUGACACAGGUGGUGACAGCACUGACCUCGCUAAGCCUCUGUUUCCUCACCAACUUCAUAGCCAUCCUCAUCGUCCGCUUCAUCAUGGGAUCCGUCAACCUCCUCACCUUCUUCAUCCUUGCGUUGGAAGUGUGCGAGCCAAAGCAUCGGGGCACAGUGGGCAUCCUAACAGGCUUACCGUGGGCACUGGGCACGAUGGCGUGGGGUGCCAUGGCUUACCUAAUUCGUGACUGGCGGUGGUUGCAGGCUGCCGUGUCUCUCCCCACAGUUCUCAACUUCUUUCCCCUAUACUUCAUGGACGAGUCACCUCGCUGGCUUAUAGUGAACGGCCAACACGACAGUGCCCUCCGUGUCCUACAGAAGGCCGCCCGCUGGAACAAUGCUACCAUCCCGCUUGAAGAGGACCUCCGUGACCUUAUGAGGAAUAUUCAGGAUGAGUCAUCCACGCCGCUAAGAACUAGGGACACCACUCAAGAAAGUUGGCCGAAAGAAGUUAUGCGGAUUCCUCCCUGUGCCGAGCCUCUUGAGGGGUCGGCAACCUUUUGA